UGGUACGCGGAUCUUAAAGCCUUCAACUACACAAAGAGGUUCUCCUCCACUGGUCAAUCAAGCAUAUCUAUUUUGACCAUUGCCUGUUCGUGAGCACAUAUCGGUCAUUCUGUACCAAGUAAUACACUUCGAAGCAAUGAUUGAAUUUCGAACGAAAUCAUGUUAUUGCUUAGCGAUUUUUUUCUUUAUCAAACUGUGUAUGGGACAGCAAAGCCAGCCAUGCUCAGUCGGUCAAUUCAAAAUGCAGGAGAACUUCACAAUGAAUGCUUUCCAAGGAGAAUGGUAUGUAAUAUCCAUGCGAAACCAAUGGACGGCACAAUAUGGGGCAAGUUUAUUGGAUUCCAAUAUGAGACACCGAUAUCGGAUGGGAUCCUAUGGAACACUCACCAUUGGAACAGAUCUCCAGCGUGUAUGGUUUGGUUGCACGCGUGUUGAACGCACAGCAAUGCCGGAUCCGUAUUCAAAUAUGACGAAGUUCACGAUAAUGCAAACCGAUGUACCACUAGACCAACAGUUAGCCGGGAGGAAUCUGUGGAUCGUCCGCACCGACUACACAGGGUUUGCUGUCAUCUACUCCUGUGAUUUUGUGCGUUUAGACGGAACUUGCGACGACAUCGUUGUGUACACAUUGAAUAGGAUUUGGAACGGACACACACAAGAGGAAAUGAGACAAAUCAACGAAGCUAUGACGUCAGUCUGCGUACAUCCAUCGACUCUUUUACCCGUAGUCCAAAAUGGCGGAUGUGCCUUCAACAACCAGAUGAGCUCACACAAUGGCAACCGAGGAGACGGAGCCGGUCCAGGGAUGAUGAACAUAGACCGACAAUUGAUGAAUAUGAUGGGCGGCUUCGGAAUGGGAGCGACAUGGUGACGUAAAAGCUGACCAAAGGGCUUUUGAAUAACCUGAAGAUGUUCACCUGACGGAAAUUUGUAUUUGAAUGAACCUGUGACCUUGUAACCAAAAACUUGACCUCAUGGCACUGAGAUUUAUUUUUAAAAUUGAUCAUUGCCUCAUUACCUACAACUGCUUAAUGUGCAUGUUUUGAAAAAAUAUGACAUUCUGAAAACAAACAAUUUUUGUUUUGUAGUAAAAACCAUUGAAUAGAGGGAUUUUACCAAAAUUACAGUGGUUCAUUUUGCUUACUUUUUUUUCUUUUUUCUUCUUCUUUUAACUGGUACGAAAGUUAAAGGAAUUACCAUGAAACAUGGAGGUCCUAUACUAAUUUAUAUUAUAAAAUUAUCAGAUAUCUUCAUACCAUACAUGUAUAGAACAUGUGUAUAUCAUUCCUAACUACAAGGCAUCUUUUUGGUGAGUGAAGCAACUAAAUAAAUCAGGUAGAUAUUAGCACUGGAUCCCUGUGACAUUGAAAGUUAUUUAUUUGAAUAAACUUGAAAGCCCUUCAUCCCAGCAUGCUAAUGGUCAAAUAUCAUAA